GCGGGUGGCACUGCGGAGGCAGCCGCGGCACCGCCGGGUACCCCCGGCGAGCGGCGGCGUCUGAAGGACUUUUUCCAGAGCCGCGGUGGAAAGGGGCAGGAGGGGAGGCCCGAGCGGCGCUGCCUGCGGCGGGGGCGGCGGGAGCUGUGCGCGGGGUGUGCGCAGCGAGACCGCCGCAGCCGGAGCCCGGCACCGGCAGGUCGGGGCUGAUGCUUAUCAGGGACUCUCAUCUCCUGAGCUGUGAAUUUUUCCGUGCCGUGUCAGUCCUGCUGCGCGGAGCGGGAGCGCUGCAGCCCGCCCUGCGCUCCGCUGCCCCGGCCCGGCUCCGGGACCCCCUGCCCCUCCAGCAGGACCGGGGCUCCGGCUCUGAGCCCCGGCCGCAGCCCGGAGCCGUCCCCUCGCUCCAGCUGAGUCAGGGGUGACUCAUUCCAAGCCGGGCUGCGGGCGCAGCGAGUGCGUUCCAGAUUGGCUGGGAGCGCAGCUCUGGAUGUAGGUGGCUGCGUUACACGCUCCAGCAGCGCUGCUCUGCUCCGUGCUCCCUCCUCCUCGCCCUCCGAGGGGAGCUGCCUGAGCCCCGGCUCUGCUUCUCGCAGGAGGGCAUCUCAGGCGGCUCCGGUGGAUGUGGGCUGUGGACGGCUCCGGCCCCGCUCCUGAAGGGGCUCUGCACUGAAGAUGGAUGACUUGGCUCUCCUUGACCUGUUGGAGUGUCCCGUGUGCUUUGAAAAGCUCGACGCCACCGCAAAGGUGCUGCCGUGCCAGCACACGUUCUGCAAGCCCUGUCUGCAGAGGAUCCUGAAAUCCCAGAAGGAGCUGCGGUGCCCCGAGUGCAGGACCCUCGUCCUGGGCAGCAUUGAGCAGCUGCCCUCCAACCUGCUCCUCAUUCGCCUCCUGGAUGGAGUCAGGUGUGGACAAAACGUCAGCAGGUUUGGCUCGGUCCAGAGGUCGGGGGUCCUGUCAUCCCCCGCCUCCAUCAGGAGAGUCCCCAGGGGGCUGCAGCUGCACCAGCACCGGCUGGCAACGAAUCCCCGGAUCCACAUGGAGGGGGUGCCACGGGCCAGGGCGCUGUACUCGUACCGCGGGCACAACCCCGGCGAGCUGCGCUUCAACAAGGGCGACACCAUCGCGCUGCUGCGGCAGCUGGACGACAACUGGUACCUGGGCGAGCUGAACGGCGCCAGCGGCGUGUUCCCGGCCAGCUCCGUGCAGGUCAUCAAGCAGCUGCCCCUGCCGCGCCCUCUCUACAGCCUGGAGCUGCGGGGCCGGGACAAGGCGGAGAGCAAGGACAUCCUCACCUUCCCCAAGCCCAGCACGGCCCAGCAGCUCCUGCAGGCCACCAAGGGCCACUGGUCCCCCCCGCCCAGGGCCGCGUCCCUGCGCCCGGCCAAGGCCAAGGCGGCGGAGCCGGCGGCGUUCCCCAAGGCGCCCGAGGCGCGGCGGAAGAGCCUGCGGCAGUUCUCCCUCACCACGGCCCUCAACACGCUGAACCGCAUGGUGCACGCCGAGCGCCCCGCGCUGCACAUCAGCUCCCCCGUGCUCAUCAGCUCCAGCAACCCCAGCGUGCCCACCCAGAGCUGCGAGAGCGCCGAGCUGCCCUGCGGCACCCCGCUCCAGGUCAGCACCUCCUACUACCCCACCCCAGGAGCACUGGGGCCCCCAGCAGCCAUCGUGACCCUUCCCCACCUGCAGCACCACGGGCCAGCUUACCUGUGCGUGGCUCUCCACUCGUACGCGGCUCAUGGACCAGACGAGCUGGAGCUGCAGAAGGGAGAAGGGGUCCGUGUCUUCGGCAAGGAGCAGGACGGGUGGCUGCGGGGCAUGUCCCUCGUCACCGGCAGAGUCGGGCUCUUCCCCAGCAACUACGUCGCUCCCCUCUUCAGGAAAUCCAGUCUCUCCGACUCGAAGAUGCCUUCCCUGUACACCUCAUGGACGCUGUCCACCUCCUCGCUGUCCUCCCAGGGGAGCGUGUCCGAGAGCGGCCCGAGGCAGAGCCGGGCGCUGCGGCCGCUGCUGCUGCCCGUGCCCAUCCCCUGCCCCGGGCGGGGCCCGGCCCCGCUGCGGCGCGGCCGCGGCAGCGCCAGGAGGAACGGAUCCCUGCAGAGGCCGGGCCAGGCAGGGACCCCCGUGCAGAUCACCGGCUCCCUCAGGCGUCCCACGGCUGCGGGGCGAGCUCAGCACUUCCAGCUUUACCCGCACGUCUGCUCCCCCCCGCACAGCAUCCCCCCCGGGCCUGGCACGGACGAGACGCCGAGGCCAAACUCCUCCUAUGAGGCUUCACCGGCGCUGCUGGUCAGGGGAGGUGAGAGCCGAAGCCCCUCCGUGUGCAGCUCGGUGAUCCUGGACACCAAAGACCCCUCGGUGAAGGGCGAGGCAGCUCCAAAGCCGCCUGCGUCAGCCCCGCCAUCCAUCCUGGUGAAACCAGAAACCUCCCGCAACAGCGCCGAAAAGCAAGUGAAGACGGUGAGGUUCCAGAACCACAGCCCACCGCCGCCCAAGCGGCACAGCCUGCAGCCCUCGCCGAGGCUGUCCCGCAGCAGGACAGAGCCCGAGGGGCUCCUGCCCGAGCCCCGCCUGGGCCCCGAGCUGCUGGUGCUGUACUCGCCGCGCCUGGGCUCCAGCCCCCUGCACCCGCGCCGGGCGCUGCACCCCAAGGCGCUGUCGCUGGACCUCUCGGGGCAGCUGACCUUCCCCAUCAAGAAGAGCUACAGCAGCAUCUCAGCAAACUGACCGGGUAACCCGCGCCUGCCUUCCUCCCCGCUCCUGCUCCUCUCCCUCGGCGCCCAGCCCCGCAUCCUCCCCCAGCUCCCCCGGGCAGGGGCCGCUGCUCCCGCACCGCCGGCACCUCGGGAGCUGCGGGCCUGGGGCUCGCAGGGAGCUGCGGGCACCUCAGAGGGCCCCCGUGCCCCAGGGCUGCCCGAGCACAGGGAGAGGUGCCCGAGCACGGGGAGAAGUGCCCGAGCACGGGGAGAAGUGCCCGAGCACGGGGAGAGGUGCCCGAGCACGGGGAGAAGUGCCCGAGCACGGGGAGAAGUGCCCGGCUCCGCGGCCUCCGCAGAACCGACCCUCCCCAGGUCGAUGCCCGCGCUGCAGCGCCGGAGCAGCGGCAGGGCAGGAAGCGUGCAGGUAUAAGUAGGAGUUACACUUGCUGUGAUCUCCUCAGGGCUGCAGGAAAGCCCACAGAGAUCAAACACCGGCUCAUUACCUGCCUGCCUCAGGAUAAAGAAACCAUAAAUCAGAAUCAGUCAGCUCCUGGCUGAUGGUUCAUGCUGCCUUUGAGGGGAGGGGGUCACUCAGAUUUUUUGUUAGGGUGGUUGCUUGCUUUCUCUUCUCGUUGGUUUUAGCCCAGGGGUUUUAACACAGAAGCCUAAAAGGUGAUUUGGAAGGCAAAGAGCCAAUGGAAGGAGCUUUGCCAUCACUGCAGUCACCCAGGCUCUGCAGUGAGGGCACUGAAUCUCCCUUCUCCUCAUUGCUUGUUUUCCUCUGGUCACCUGUCAGCUACCUCCUGCCCAUGAGCUCCUUCCAGCCCCUUCCCACCACCCACCCACUCAGAUGUGGCUGUUGUAAAUACCUUAAGUGGGAUUCAUGGGUUUCAGAUGCAUGAAACACUGUCUAUGUAACAGAGAGCCGAACUCAGAGUCCACCGUGCCCCAGACCCCCUCUGCCCCAGCUGCCCCAGCUCUGGCUUCCAGCUCUCCCCAAUCCAAGCAUUCUCCCGUGAAUCCCAGGGAAGCCAGCAGAGCUUUGCUGGCUCACAGCUGUGCCUGCUCUCUGUCAAUCUGCUCAGCAGCGUUUGGUUUUCAUGCUUAGUUCCAUUGCUGGCAGUUCCCAGCCCAGCUGCAGGCACCGGCCGCCCUCUCCUGACAGGAGGAGCUGUGCUCCCUCCAAAACUGCCCUGAAAUCCCAUCCUCGGUUACCUGCCUACAAACCUGGAGAAGGAACUCCACUGGUCCAUGGAGAUUCCUCAGAGAAGGACAUUUUUUCCUAAAACUACACAAAGGGAAUGGAUAAAAUAAUUUACUACGCCACAGCCCCUGGACCUUCCCUCUUCCAGACUUCCUGUUAGUGGAGCAGGAAAGCUGGGUCUGCCUGCAGGGAUUGUCAGUGGCACAGCGACCUCCAAGGCACAGACCCCUUCUCGCUCUGUGCCCUCUGUCAGUAUGCCAGCUCCUGCAGAAACACCCCGGCAAGCUGAAAGCCUGCUCUGUGCCCGGGUGGGAAAGGUGGCAGCAGCUGCACAAGUGAGGGUGAGUCCAAGUCAGAGAUGGCACCUCAGAGACAGCUGAAUGCCUCGGGGGAGACGUGCUGGCUUUGUCAUCCUUUCUAAACUGAAGCAGAAAGCAGCUGGCUCUGUCGCUGAGACACGUCCACAUAUCCCAGCACAGCCAGAAAUGAACAGAAUUGCACUCAGCCUGUCAGCCCCCCUCUCCCUCUGAGAACUAAGAACGCAAACACUGGCUCCAAAAUGUUUUACUUGGGAACACCAGAGCGGCCUGGCACCGUGUAAAAUCACACAUUUAUCAUUCUUAGGAGGUUUUUUCACUGCCCAACAGUCACUGCAGUUAAUUUGUGAAACGGCUGUUUGAAGUGUAAUCACAGCUCAAGACUUCUCAGGCUGUUACAAACUUCAGUAUCUGUCCCAUUUAAAAAGCAACACUUCCAAAUAUUCAUGAGAUCAACGUUUAGAACCCCAAAGUGUCCAUGAAGCCCGUGGGAGCUCCCCAGGCUGAUCCCUCUGUACGUGUUCCCAACAGGAAGCACUGAUGGACCCGAGCCUGCCUGGGAACAGCACUCAAGGGCCCCCAGAGAGGCUGGGGAGGAUGUAAGGGCAAUGAAGGGGGACAAGGUCUGUCUACACCAAAGCUACAGCCAAAACAGAUCCUACAGGCAGCAGGGGUCAACAAAAGUUCCCUAAUCCUUUACAUGACCAAGCAGAGAGUUCCAUGGUCUACUUUCUGCACCCAGCCCAGGGAAUGCUCCAAUGAAAUGUUACAGCCAGGUCACCAUCAGUGAGAAAUCAUAAAUUACUAUUUUUACAUAUAGAUCUUAGAAACAGUAGGAUGAAUAACAUUUGCUUAGUUGGUGAUGGGUAGGAGGAAUAAAUAAAAUGUGUUUAGUUUAUUGUUCAGAGACACUUGUAAAAUUCAGGGAUGCUGAAUAUUUUUUCCAUGAAGUGAAGUUCAUUUUUUAAAAAGGUUUUUUCAAUUUAAGGUACUAUUUGGGAGAAAAGUCAAUAAACAAGAAGAUAUUAGAAGA